AUGGCGACGUAUGUAGAAACAGGAAGCUCCGCGCCAGCUGCCGUGGUGCCAACGCCCACUCGGAGGGCCCAUGAGCAACUAAGUACCGUCGUCCCUCUCUUAAAGGAUAACAAUGUGGUGGUCAGCGUUGUGAUUGACUGUGAGACGGCGGCCCGCAUGAAAGAGGUCGAGAGUAAUCGCUGCUCCACACUCUCCAAGAGGCGCACAGCACUCCGCGUCUCGAACACUGCCAUAACCGCGCCUGCCACCCAAGGCGAGACCCUCACCGGCCUGGAGGAGGACGUGGGAAAGAGCGGCAAAGGGAGGGCGUCGAGGGAUGGGGCGCACGCGUCACUUUAUGCCACCUUGGGGCACUGUCGACCAUGCCGGUGCAACGCCUCACCGCCGUAGGUCACGAGCAAGUUGCCUGGGGCUCUACCGGCGGCGAGGCGACGGCCAGGCAUGACACCAGGGGCUAAUCUCAGCGCCUGUCCUCGACUAAUGCACGGGUUGAAGACUGGCCGUGAAGCCUUUGGAGACACUGCGGAUACACAGACAGAAGCUGCGCAUUUCUGUAAUACCGAUGCACCUGGCGACUACAGUGUACCUGUAGUAAAGAACAUCACUGUGCAACGGACCACCAUUGACGAAACGAGCACCGAUGUGACGAAGGGCCCUGGGCCCAUUAAGUCAUCUGUGUGUCUUCGAGGUCUUCAUCAGACGUCUGUGGAUAAACAUCGCGUCAACCGAUGUGCCGACGCGGCUAUGUGUGGCCAGAUAGAGCCGACGCCGGACAAGAUACGCGGCAUCGUGGGCGAGCUGCAUGGCGCGCUGAGAUCCGACCUGGACCGGCUGGGCGAGCUCAUCAAGAGCACUGAUAAAGCAUGUGAAAAGAACAAGAAGCAGAUUGGCUUGUGCUGA